ACUGCAAUAGUUGACUGCACAGAAGUUCAGACUGAGAGGCCAUCUUUGGACAGUACCAAUUCAGCAAUGUAUUCCAACUGUAAGUCAAGACAUACAUACAAAGUUUUAGUGGCCUGCACACCAGGGGGUACAGUAUCAUUCGUUUCCAACACAGUAGGGGGAGAUAUGUCUGAUGUUGAACUUGUUAGAAGAUGUGGAAUUUUAGAUUUGUUUGAAAGAGGAGAUAAAGUUAUGGCAGAUAAGGGCUUUAAUAAUAAAGAUGACUUUCUACUCGGGUGA